UAUUGGAUAUUAAUAUCUUGUAUAUCAGACGGUGUGAAUCCUCUAUUAGCGAUGCCAUGCAGAUUUUAAAUCGGACAAUAUGGCUCAAGCGUGACGAGGGCGGACCUAAGAUGUAAAUAAUACGACAUGUAAAUUAUAUUAGCGAGUGUAUCGACGGAUAAUUGAGAUGUACACACUGUUGCACGGUUUGUACAAGUAUCUGGUGCAGAAGGACGAGUAUUUUAUAUUAAUCUUGGGACUUGACAAUGCAGGAAAGACGACUUACUUGGAAGCGGCGAAAACGAAAUUUACGAAGAAUUACAAGGGGAUGAAUCCGAGCAAGAUUACAACUACUGUAGGCCUGAAUAUCGGCAAGAUCGACAUUGCCGGUGUUUCUUUCAACUUUUGGGAUCUAGGUGGUCAAGAGGAGCUUCAAUCUUUAUGGGAUAAAUAUUAUGCAGAAUCUCAUGCUGUGAUUUAUAUCGUUGAUUCGUCCGAUCGUGACAGAAUACCUGAUUCCAAAGAAACUUUUGAUAAAGUGAUAUCGUCUGAGCAUUUAACAGGUGUACCAUUACUAGUGCUAGCAAACAAGCAGGAUGUACCUGAUUGUAUGGGUGUCAGAGAAGUAAAACCAAUAUUUAAUCAAAGUGCCCAUUUAAUUGGUAGAAGAGAUUGUAUGGUAAUGCCUGUAUCGGCUCUUAAUGGGGAUGGUGUAGAUGAAGGUAUACAUUGGCUAGUGGAUUGUGUGAAGAGAAAUAGUGAUAUACGGCCGCCUCGCAAUCAGGAUGACAACUCCUUAUCUUAAUUGUGAAACAUUCCUGAUCUAACUUAUGUAAUACAUAAUAUAUUGCGAUAUGUAUACACCAUCGUGUGUGUACAAUGUUUUUACGAAUAAAGAGAUUUUUUAAAAAUAUA